AUGCCUACCAGUACGGCUCGCGCAUCCCCAACAACGUCGCUGUCGCCGUCCCCGGGCCCGGGCAGGUCGCUGCUAUCCCGCAUCAAGUCGCCCUUCGGCUCCAAGGCCCGCCACAUCUCCGAGUUCUACGUCAAGCCCGAUGACCCGCACCGCCAGUACUCGCCCGGCGACAUCAUCACCGGAGCCGUUAUCCUCAAGGUCGUCAAGCCCAUCCGCGUCACCCACAUUGUCGUGUCUCUCCACGGCUAUGUCCAGGUUUACAAGAAUCCAAACUCGCCCGGCGAUGGCUACCGCUCGCACUACUCGGCGAUAGCGACCGGCAAAGGCAGUCGCAUCGGCGGCUACUUCGGCAAUGGCUUCGCCUCGCUGUUCGAGGACGAGGUCGUGCUGUGCGGUGAGGGUCGUCUUGGCGAGGGUACCUACCAGUUCAACUUCGAGUUGGAGUUCCCCAGCAAGGGCCUCCCCAGCAGCAUCGACUUCGAGCGAGGGACCAUCUCGUACAUGCUGACAUCAACCAUGACCCGCCCCACCACCAUCAUGCCCACUGCCACGUGCGACAGGAAAAUCUACCUGAUCGAGAGCAUAGACAUCGCCCCCUUGAUCCGUCCGAAGCCGAGAAUAGUCACCCUCGAGCGCGUGUCCCGCCGGUCAAGAGCAAAAAGCAAGGUAAAAAAAGGCACCAAUACCGGCUCCGGCUCCAAUGGAGAGCGAUCCAACGGUGAAGGAUCCAGUGGCGACCAGUCCAACGGCCAUCCCGCAACAGAGCCGUCUCGGAGCAGUCGAGUCUCUGAGCUCAGCGAGGAAGUCGACACCCCGGGAAGCCCUGCACCCAGUGAUACGAGCUUCGAAAGCCAUUUCAGCAGCAGCCAGGGUGGGUCCUCCAACGCAUCAGGAGCAUUGUCGGCAAGAGGGACGGAGAAUGGUAAACAGGGCUCGAGUAAGGCCGCCUUUGUGGACAAGAAGCCCAUCACCGCCACCAUCGAGCUGCUGAAGGCUGGAUUUCUCCGAGGCGACAGCAUCCCGCUGAAGAUAUGUGUCAGCCAUACCAAACACAUCCAGAAUCUUCGCGGAAUCAUCGUCACUCUGUAUCGGCAGGCGCGAGUGGACAUGCAUCCCGCCAUCCCGGUCGUCAUGAACGCGAAGGGCGAGAAGGUCUCCAGCGAGGAUUACUACCCGAAAUCAAAGACGGGCCUCGGCGGACUCUCCCUUUCCUCCGCUGGUUCGAGUCAUGUUUUCCGCAAAGAUCUUGCCCAGUCGUUUGCGCCUCUGAUCGUGGAUCCUCGCACUCGUACCGCCGAAGUGAAAGCAUCAGUGUGUGUGCCAGACGACGCGUUUCCUUCCAUCACGUCUGUCCCCGGGGCCAUGAUAUCCUUCAAGUACUACGUCGAGAUUGUUGUGGACCUGCAAGGGAAACUCACUGGGCUUGAUAAAUAUUUCUCUAAUUCGGGCAUGAUGCUCGCCUCUGCCCCACAACUUGGAAAGGCCGAGGAUACCGCCUCGGGCGUCUUUUCUGCUUGGGGCGGUCAUUUUUUGGAUACGGAGCAGUUACGGAGAGAUAAAGGCGUUGUCUCCUGUGUAUUCGAAGUUAUAGUCGGCACCAGGGACAGUGACAGGCGCAAAGGAAAGCGAAGAGCGACAUCCGAAAAUGAACUGGACCACCCUUUUUCCGUCAGCGGAGAUUCGAACGGUCUUACCGAGGAACAAUCCCAGCUCACGGGGUACGCGCCGCAGCAAACCAGUCUUCCUCUGCAAAGUGAGCAACACGGCUACUAUUACGGCCAGCCUCCUUACGACGAAGGAUUCACCGAGGAAGUGCCGCAUCCAUAUGCUCACCCGACAUACCCGGUGUCGGAUUUGACGAAUGAGGAUGCACUGCCUGAAAAGGAACGGCUGCGACGGGCAGAGGCACGCCUGAUGCCAAGCCAGCCGCCUGUGGAAGGAGGCUCCUCAACAGCCGAUGCGAUACACGUGCCUUCGGCACCGGUCAUUCCGGAGGAGAGGCCCGGCAUUUUGUAUGGGACUGCUUCUUCUUCAGCAGACGUUGCAGGCCCCUCCGCCCCUCCUCCGGAAGCAUUCGGACCGCCGUCGCCAAGCGCUUCGGAUGACACGGCGGCCCCGACGUAUGAAGAGAGACAGGGAGAAUCAAGUCACUCGGCCCGACCGGCAGCCGCCGAUGACAAGCACGAUCUCGCGCGGAGGAGGCUCGAAAUGGAUCGCAGUGCGCCCGACGAGAUGACGGGCGAAGACACAACGGGCGGCGGUAGCAGCGCUCCGCAUGCUCCGCCAAUCGACACUUUCACCCCUUCGGCACCCGUGCUCGACGAUGAGGAAUACGUCUUCCCUUCCACACAUCCAACAGACUUACCGAGAUACGAGCGGUGA